AUGACCAGGUCCCUUUGCUGGGGUCGAUGGGCCGCUAAUGUCGUUCCUUUGUCGAACGAAUGGAACACGUCGUACUGCUCGACUAGCAUAAGCUUUUAUUCCCAGUCGGUCGGUCUGAAUGACGGCGUCUCGAUUUUUCCAGUUCUGGUUCUCCAAGCUACGGCGGCACCAGAGCACUCCGUUCCGCUGGUCAUGGGCAAGGCCGACACUCGAGAACAAGCUUAUGCUGAAACAUUUCCAUCCUCUUUGUUUCGGGCAUUCAACGGAGAAUUGCGCUGGCUCCAGGUGUUUUGA